CAAAAACAACUCAAGACGUGAAUCAAUAUUACCCAAGGCAUUUAAGGGUACACGUUCCGACGAAAUAUGACGCCAGCAACCAUCCCAUCCAGCAAAUCCCUCCCCUCGUCGGCGUCUGCAGUUUUCGCCGACUCCUCGUUCUUUUCACGGAAUGGACCCAGCGCACUACUACCAUCACCUGCCGAGGUCCGCACAAGGCGCGCAACACAGUCAAAGUAGACAAGACGACGCUGUUUCCAGCCAGCCCUCUUCGAGGAGCUUGGCCUUGUCGUCAAAUUCGGAAGUGCACCCGAAGUAACGGUCGCCGAGGGUCAGUGUCUCUGGGCACUCCGUCAAGCGUUGCCCGACUUUCCACUCCCAGAGGUCUAUGGCUGGAUCCACGAUGACGAUGAGGUCUUCAUCUUCAUGGAACUGGUCCCCGGAGUUACCUUAGAGGACAAAUGGCCCACGCUCGACCGGCUUGAGCGGACCGACGUCUGUACCCAACUUCGUACACUCCUGACGACCUUGCGCAGCCUACGGCACGAGCCGGAUGACGAGUUCUUCCUUGGCCAUGUGAACCGCGAGCCGCUGGGGGAUAUCGCCUUUACCGACGGAGUGCGACCCUCUGCAGGCCCUUUCCAGUCCGUUGCCGAAUUCCACGAGUGGAUGUCGUUCCAGACCAGGAUACGCUUCGAGCCCAAGUUCCCUGGCAAACUACCCUGGGAGAUCAUAGAUCCGUGGCGGGAUGGUCUGCCCGACGAAGCGGCAGCCGUAUUUACCCAUGCGGAUUUACAUCCGAGUAACAUCAUCAUUGCGAACGAUUCUUCAAAGAUUGUUGCACUCAUUGACUGGCGUCAGUCGGGAUGGUAUCCGGAGUACUGGGAAUACUGUAAAGCCUGCUACACGGCGGACCCUUAUGGCGAAUGGAUGAACGAGUACAUCCCACUCUUUCUGGAUGAGCCGGCCUGUUUCGACACCUUUGAGGAUUAUGCGAGGAGUUUUGGAUACUGAGGGGAAAGGUAGAAUGGAGGUGGAAUUUUGGGCAUUUUUAUACUCGGAAGACAACUUAGGAACAGGUUAACUUUAAAAGCUACUUACCUGCUUGGGGGGGGGGGUUGACGAGCGGUUGACAGACGGUUCAUGCAGCGUUCAUGGAGUUGGGCGGCUUAUAUAAAUGAGUUAAAUUUUUCCCCCUUAUUUUUGCUUUAUGGCUUAUCUUGAUAAUCCGCUCAAUGCCCUUUAAUCCGCUUACCUUAGCGAUUAGCUUAAACUGUUUGAGCUGAUUGAAAAAUAAGUGGUUUAUUCUAAAACGAACGGU